AUGAGUAAUAUUAGCGCAAACCCAAAUAAUGCUACUCCAACUCAGGCUUUAACCUCUCCGUAGACAAGAGGAUUCACAAAGAGAAACACGAUUAAUUUACCUAAUGUGAAAGGAAACUCUAAGUAGUUGAGUAUUAGACCAGAAUCUCCUAGAACAAAAGAAGCGAUGCUCGAACUUGGUAUAGAUAUUAGCGAAUUUACUCUCAAAAAUUUAGAAGAUUUCGGUAGAGAUGGAUGCUCUUAAGAUAUUUAGAAAAUUAGAUAUGAACAUUAUCUUGACAGAUUACAACAGGAUGUGAAGGACAUAUAGGAGAAAAGAGCAUAAAUAAUAAAGCUAAAUAGAAUUAGAAUGAUGAACCUUCCCCCAGAAUUGAUCAAUCAAAAUGAUUAUGGGAAUGUGAGAAGAAGUAUAAUAGGAGUACCUAAUUAGCAACCAAUUACUGAUAGUAAUUAAAGAAAGUCAACAAUUAACUUAGGCUAAUAAUAAAAUGUUAACCCAUUUAACAUGUCUAAGAGUAUGAGUGAGUCAAGAAUGAAUCCUAGAUAAAUGAAAUCAUUAUAUAAUAGAACAGUUGGGUAUUUAAAAAGCUCUCACCUUUCUCCUUCAACUCUGCCAGGAGAAGAAGUCAUAGGAUUAGAGGAAGCAGAAGGCUCUGUACUAGAAUAUUAGUUGAUGGGUGAAAUCGAUAAGUAUAAUAGGUUAAAAGAAUAAAAGCAAAAAGAAGCUAAAAUCUUAUAUGAAGAGGACAUUGAGAGACUUAAGACGAUAGAAAGAAUGAGAGAAAAGGAGCUAAGACUUCUUGAAUAGACACUUAAACAAAAGAAAGAAAAGGAGUUAAAAAAACAAUAGCAAAAAGCUAAAGCAGAAGAAAAGCUCUAAAAGGUAAAAGAAUAAGAAUAGAAAUACAACCAGAUGAAAAGAGAAGAAAGGGAAAAGAUUAAGAAAAAAUUAGAAAUUAUUAAGUUAAGAUAAUAGAGAGAAUCAGAAGAAAGAGAAAGGCUUAAAAAAGAUUAAGAUGAUAAGGCAAGAGAAAAAAGACAAAAAAUGGAGUAAAUUCGUAUUCAAAAUAAGGAAGAUUUAGUCAAAUAAUGCGAUUAAUAGUUUGAAUUGAUUAAGUAAUAGCUAACCUAAGCUCAAGAACAAUAAAAACUUAUGCAAUAAAGCAGGAUUAAUAAACUUAGAGAUAAGUUAGAAAGUGAAUAGUACAAAAUUUAACAAUGUGUUGAUUUGAGAGUAUCAAAUGAAAAAAUGUAAGUCUCUCGCUUGGUUCAAAAACUCAUAGAAAAGGAAGAGCAUUACAAAUCACUUCAAGAAAGCGAGAUAAAGAGUGAAAUGGAGAAAAAGAAACUGUUAAAAAUGAAAGCAGAAAUGACUCAGAAUGCAAAACAAAAAGUGAAAAAUGAAUAAAAUUCUAAAAUCUCUGAAUUAAAAUAGAAAUUUGAAAAAAUUGAAGAAAAUUUGGAGAAAAAAAGAAGAGAAGAAUAAGAAAGGAUUAAACUUAAGUAAGAGCUACGUCAAUUAAAAGAGCAAGAUAAAUAGGAAAAUUAUGAACGUUAGAAAAGAAGAGAUGAUUAUAGGCUAUAAAAGCUAAUGGAAAAAGAAAAGGCUCAUUCUGAUAAAAUAGCUUACAUCAAAGAAUAACAAGAAAUUAUGAAAAAGGCUAAAUAUGAAAUUGCUUAACAAACCAAGUAAGAAACAGAGAGAAUAUUUGAUUGUGUAAAAAAAGUUACUGAUACUCUUUUCCCUAAUAUUGAACAUAACAGCAAAACAACACUUUACAAUAUACCAUCUGAAAACAAAGAAAAAGGCAUCAGCCUGCUCAAGAGUAUUUUUAGAAAUGACUAGUUAGAUAUGUCCAUAUUUGAGCCUCCUCAAAAAGAAGAAGUGUAAAGCAAAAAGUAAUAGUGA